AUGUCUCGCCCAGCCAGCCAGCAUCGCCUCUCUGUUGGCUCCAAUGCCUCCAGUCUGCCUGCACGCAACUCAUACACUCGCACCCACUCUCACUCUGCCUCGCUUGCUUCCGUGAGCACUGCCAACCGUAUCAACCGCCGCAAGAGCUCUACCUUCUCUCCCGCCACCCGCCCAUCCAUCAAUGGUGCCGUAAUCGAGAACGCCGUUGCAGAAGGCUCGGCCGUCCAGCGACGCAGCUCCACCUCCAAAGCCGCCCUUGCCUCGCUUAACGACGGCUUGCCGUCCAUGCCGAGCAGCCUCCCCCAGCACGCCUCCGUUCCAGAGAACGUGGCAUUGAGCAGCAGCGCUGUAGUAGACGGGCCGUCCUUGUCCUCUUUCCACGGCAUUGAGAAGUCAAAGUCGAAAAUGCGAAGAGCUAGCGAUGGGACGCGUCUCACCAAAAAAGAGAAAGCUGCUGCGGGAGAGUUGAAGUGCGAGCACUGCGGGAAAGCGUACAAACAUGGUAGUUGCUUGAACAAGCAUCUUUGGGAACACACCCCGCAAUGGCAAUACACUUCGAAGUUGCUGAUAUCCAAGCACCAGCAAGUCCAGCUUCUCGAAGCGGCUUCUGUUCUGGUUGCCAUGAAUCAAGAUGGCAGUGCUGCUAAUGACAGCGAUAAUUCUUCGUCUCCAGCAGCAUCUGGAUCGUCCGAUAUGCGUGACGGCGAUGAAGAGCUGAGCUCGACCGAGACCACACCGCCUCCACAUAGUGAAGAGCCAUACCGGGACAACAAACGUUUCAGUAACAACAGCAGUAUUUAUUCGCGCUCAUAUCAGUCGGUCUUCUCCUCGGGAAGCAUGCCAAAUGCUGAGCCCGAUGCCAACAUCUACCGCUGGAGCGCUUCCAGCAACAGCCGGCCCGCGACUGCCAAUACUUCGAUCGCCGAAAGCUACCACGGUGACGAGGACCCUCAAGAUCUCGCGGCGGCCGUCGGCUUGCUCAGUUGUAGCUACGGCACUCCCAGAAGUGGACCUACUGCGAUGCCAGAUGUGCCCCCAGUACCACCGCUCCCUGCGAAAUAUCAGAAUCAAGGAUACUCCAACUUUCGCAAUCAGGGCGAAGAUGUUGACAUGGAUGAUGAUGACGAUAGUUUGGACGAUGAACCACACGGAAGACACGAUGACACGGAACUUGGCAUGUUUGGAAAGAUGGAUUAG